CCCAUCACCGGAAACAAACGCACUGAUCCGACGCCAAAUGGCUCUCCAUCGCCUCCUGGUCGCCGUCCUCCUCCUCUCCGCCGUCAUCGCCGUCCUCGCCGACUUCGAGGAUGACAACGUGAUACGGUCCGUCGCUGACCAGUUCGGCUCGAUGGAGCAGACCAUCCUCCACGCUCUCGGGGACGGGCGCCAUGCCUACCGCUUUGCCCGCUUCGCCCACCGGUAUGGGAAGAGCUACCGAUCGCUGGAGGAGAUCAGGAGGAGGUUUGGGAUCUUCGUCGAGAAUUUGCAGCUGAUACGAUCCAACAAUCGGAAGGGUCUUCAGUACACACUCGGCAUCAACCAGUUCGCGGACUUGACCUGGGAGGAGUUCAGGGCGACCAAGCUUGGAGCGUCGCAGAACUGCUCGGCGACGCUCAAGGGGAAUCACAAAUUGACGGACGCUGCGCUUCCGGAGGCGAAGGACUGGAGGGAGGAGGGAAUAGUGAGCUCUGUAAAAGACCAAGGGCACUGUGGUUCUUGCUGGACUUUCAGUACCACUGGGGCAUUGGAGGCUGCAUAUACACAGUUGACUGGGAAGGAGAUAUCUCUAUCAGAACAGCAACUUGUAGAUUGCGCUUCUGCAUUCAAUAACUUUGGAUGCAAUGGAGGCUUACCUUCUCAAGCUUUUGAGUAUAUUAAGUACAAUGGAGGCCUUGACACGGAGGAGACAUAUCCUUACAAAGGUGCCAAUGGUUUCUGCAGCUUCAAGCCGGAGAAUGUCGGUGUCAAAGUUAUUGAUUUAGUUAACAUAACCCUGGGUGCCGAGGAUGAGUUAAAACAUGCAGUGGGAGUGGUUCGUCCAGUUAGUGUUGCAUUUGAAGUUGUGACCGGGUUCAGGUUCUACAAGAAAGGAGUUUACACCAGUGACACUUGUGGAAAGUCCCCACUGGAUGUAAACCAUGCAGUUCUUGCCGUUGGCUAUGGAGUUGAGGAUGAUAUUUCCUACUGGCUGAUCAAGAACUCAUGGGGUAGUGAUUGGGGUGAUAAUGGCUACUUCAAGAUGGAAUUUGGAAAGAAUAUGUGUGGUGUUGCAACUUGUGCUUCGUAUCCCAUUGUUGCUGUGUAGAAUCUCUGUAAAUUAUAGUGAUGAGUGAAGAGCUUAAAGUUGUUAUCUUUAGCAAUGUUGAAGGGGUGAUCGAAGGAAAAGUCAUAAUAAGUAGAAGAUGUGGAAAUGUGAUGGAUGUAUGAAGGUCGUAUGGUGAAUAUAAGAACUUACUAUUUUGGCUGUAAUGAUAUUGGGGCAAGCUCAUAAUUCUCUA